AUGGCCGCUAUCCCUCCAUCCGUUGCACAUGAUAACCGUCAUUUAUUACAAGAAAUGUCCGACUCGUCCCAAGCAUACCCUUUAUCAGGAUACUACUCUGUUAUUUUAAACUCUGAUUCGCCGUACCAUGACCGUCCAGCUCCUGUGCAAUCGACUACCUUCCAAGCCGAAAGUGGCUCGGAGUCGAUGCCUACACCAACCGCCGAGAGCGUGCCUACACCCCAGGAACGGAUGGCAAUCGUGUUUGGCACCCGCCUCGCAGGCCCCGGACGCCAGUCACGCUACAAUCCUGGCGAAGCACCACCGAUGUCAACGUGGAAAACAAUCAACGGUGUACCGAUUCCACCUCGCCCGGAAGAACCAGAAAACUGCUGCAUGAGUGGUUGUGUGAAUUGUGUCUGGGAUGGCUUCCGGGACGAAAUGGAGGAAUGGGCUGCGACUAUUGCGAACGCCAAGGCAAAAGGCGGACCCAAGAAACAACCAACAGACAUGCGCACCGCUCCUAAAGCAGCUCAGAUCAACUCGGCCAGCCUCAGCAUGGAUGAUGAUGGUGGUGGGAGUGAGACAAAUUGGGCUGCUCCAAGCCAAGGGGAUGACUUGUUUGCCGAUAUUCCAGUUGGUAUUCGGGAGUUCAUGAAGACAGAAAAGAAGUUGCGGGUGAAGCAUCAACAAGAAGCCAUGGUAUAG